UGUAUCCUCUUCAAUGCAGUCACUUACAAUAGCUAGUAGAUACGAAAUCAAGACUGUCACGAUCAGGGCACCAUACUUGUUUGCCUACUUCGACAUGUGUCAACAGAUAUCGAUUUCUUCGGUCACGUCACUUCAAUUGAGAAAAACCGAAGAAGAGCUACCGAAUACCGGUACUGCUGGCUUGCUUAAAUGACAGACGUGACAGAUGACCGAAACAAAUGAUUUUUUGUGUUGUCAGAAGACGAGUAUGAUGAGCAGAUGAGAAAGGAGUGCAACAAAACAAUAUUUUUAUACGAGUUCAGCUGUGUGUUUCACUAGGUGAUCAAAUGCAGUACCAAAUCAUCUUGGCCUUUGGGGCCACAACAUUGAGCAUUCUACUGUUGCUGGUCGAGGGCAAGGGGGAAGACUACUACAAGCUCCUUGGGGUGAAGCGUACAGAGACAGACAGAGGGAUUAAGAAAGCUUUCCGGAAGCUGGCCGUGAAAUAUCAUCCCGACAAGAACAAGGACCCUGAUGCUGAGGACAAAUUUGUGGAAAUUGCCAAAGCUUAUGAGGUGCUCUCAGAUCCAGAAAAGCGGAAACUGUAUGACCAGCUGGGAAGAGAACAGUUCGAGAGUUACAGUAAUCGAGGUGGUGGAGGACCCAGCCCGGGAUCUCAAGGAGGGAGCUUCAAUUACAGAUCGUUCUUCAAAGAUUUUGACAGCAGUUUCAACACCUUCAGGAAUAGGAGAUCGACAGGAGAUCACCGUAAUUCGGGAAAGAGGGCCAGUGGCUUCAACUUCUUUGCAGACGAUUUCUGGGAGGAUUUUGAUGAGGAUUUGUUUGGCUUUGGCAGUUUUAGGCCUUCAAAAAACAACAGAGCAGGAAACCACAGAGGGUCCCAUGAUUCCUUCUUUGGCGACCUGUUUGAGGAUGUGGCAUUCGCCGAGUUUCCGUCUACUGUGCGGACUUCUCAUCAUUUCACCACAACAACACACAGACAUGCCUCAUCUGGUGGACGGACUUGCAGGACAGUCACCCAGCGGGUUGGCAAUACCAUCACAACAUACACAGAUUGUUCAUAGGUAAAACUUGUCAGAUGUCUGCAAGUACAUGUAUGUGUGAGGUGCUUUGGGUGCAAUACAUCUGUGUAACAGAAGUUCAAACCAUGCAUUCACUUAAUGAAGUAAUUCUCAGUUUUUGUUCCAAAUUAAAUGAAUGUCAAAUGACAUCUAACACACAUGACAAUGGGCGUGUGUGACUGUCUGGGCAUAGGCAUAUUUUUUUUUCCAACAGCACAAGGAGAGGCAAAACAACAGGCAAUGGGAUUUACCAGUGGCUUGUUCGUUGCAAUAUGCAACCAGUAAUUGUAACCAGACACAGGUAGACUUUCUUUGCUUCAUUAUUUAUUCAGCGCUACAGAUUGCAAAGUAGCUCUACUUACCAUAUUUUUUUUGAAAGGAAACUUAGGUGAUCUCUUCAUUAUGUGCAUUUAUUGGUACAAAUGGAUGCAUCUCAAGAGUAUUAUUCAUAGAAUAAUUUCAGUCUGAUUUGUGUUUAUAUACUGUUUUCCAAUUAUUGCAUGCAUAUCACAAUAUUGUUGAUGGAAUAUUUUUAAUCUGAUUCUGUUUUCCUAUUACUCAGAUGAGGGAGAGAUCUAUAUUUCUUUAAACUUUAACUUAACAACUACAGUGAAUUUACUAUAAAUUAUUUCUAGUGAAAACAGAUUAAAAGCAUUGAGCAAGAUAAAAGAACCCCUUGUGGCUAGCAAAAGUAUUGUAUGGCCUGACUCUAUGGUGCCAGAGCUUUCAUUUCUUCUGGUCAUUCAGGAAUUUUACGUGCAUGUUAGAUUUUAAUUUGAAAUCAAAAUGAGUUAGAAAAAUAAGAAACCUUCAGAUGUGAUUUUUCCUAAAGCCCAAACAACAUACAUUUCCUGAACUGCCAGGCAGUUAGUGAAAUACAUGUAUACAUCUGUUGUUUGGUUUACCAACCGGCAAUCUAGGAAAAUGUAAGCAAUCAGUUGAGAUGAGUUUUCAAAAUAAUAGAAGUUAUACUUCUCAAAGAGAUGUUGAUGGAAUCUGAAUUGCUUACCGAUAUAUUUGAGUAUGUUAGAAGUCAAAUGCAGUUGAGUGAACAUAGUCUGUAAGCCACAAAUUUAACAGUACUGUCACUGUCGCUGAUAGACACUUUUCUGUUUCCUUUUUGUUUUCUUUAUUCAUCGCAUUAUAGGGAAAUUAGGGCUGCAGAUGUUUUAUUUAAUGUAAAAGAAAACGAAAUGACAGACCAUGUUUUAGUGCUGCAAUAUAUGUUGGUGGGGCUGUUGUUUUAAAAGAGGGUACACUGGCAAGUUUCAAACUUGGAAGAAGUUUGAAAGCUUUCAUCAUUGUUUUAAAAAGAGCCAAAUAUUUCUCUAUAUUUUGGAUUCAAUAAUGUAAUUUUCAGUUGGUCUGUAAAAAUCUUGUAAACACUGAAUACUUGUAAAUAUGAUACAUGUAACUUCAUUAACAACUGCAAUAAAGAUUAAUCAUUAUAGUUGAAUAAGGUGAUUUUGAAA